CCCCCCGCACCGCGCCCCCGCGCGCCUGGCUUGCCCCGGGCCUGGCCUGCGGGCGGCCUGCGUGCCGCGCACCCAUGGACGGCCCGGCCAUCAUCACCCAGGUGACCAACCCCAAGGAGGACGAGGGUCGAUCGCCCGGCGCUGGCGAGAAAGCUUCCCAGUGCAACGUCAGCUUAAAGAAGCAGAGGAGCCGCAGCAUCCUUAGCUCCUUUUUCUGCUGCUUCCGGGAUUACAAUGUGGAGGCCCCUUUACCCAGCAGCCCCAGUGUGCUUCCACCACUGGUGGAGGAGAAUGGUGGGCUUCAGAAGGGUGACCAGAGGCAGGUCAUUCCCAUUCCAAGUCCACCAGCUAAAUACCUCCUUCCAGAGGUGACGGUGCUUGACUAUGGGAAGAAAUGUGUGGUCAUUGAUCUGGAUGAAACCCUGGUGCACAGUUCAUUCAAGCCUAUUAGUAAUGCUGAUUUUAUUGUCCCGGUUGAAAUCGAUGGAACUAUACAUCAGGUGUAUGUGCUAAAGCGGCCACAUGUGGACGAGUUCCUCCAGAGGAUGGGGCAGCUAUUCGAAUGCGUGCUCUUUACUGCCAGCCUAGCCAAGUAUGCAGACCCUGUGGCUGACCUCCUAGACCGCUGGGGUGUGUUCCGAGCCCGGCUCUUCAGAGAAUCCUGUGUUUUCCAUCGUGGAAACUAUGUGAAGGACCUAAGUCGGCUGGGACGGGAGCUGAGCAAAGUGAUCAUUGUGGACAAUUCUCCUGCCUCCUACAUCUUCCAUCCUGAGAAUGCAGUGCCUGUGCAGUCCUGGUUCGAUGACAUGACAGACACAGAGCUACUGGACCUCAUCCCAUUCUUUGAGGGCUUGAGCCAAGAGGAUGACGUGUACAGCAUGCUGCACAGACUCUGCAGCAGGUAGCCCUGGCCUCGGCCUGCCUCCACCUGAGCACUCCGGAACCUCUGGCUUAAGGGACCUGCCCAGCCUCUGCUCCCCAAGUGGACCAUGAGGAGACUGUGCUCUGGGCCACAGGGUGAAUGUGGCCAUGCCUACCUGUUUUGUUUUGUUUUGUUUUUUAAAGAACAGAAACAACUAUUUUAAAAGAAAAAAAAGAACUCUUUUAACAGAUUUCAUAAAGGGACAUGCAUUUUACCAGAUUUGCUUUUCUUAAUACAUACCAAAAAGAAAAAAGAAAAAAAAAAAAAGCUUGGUACCUAUCAGACUUCCUUUCACCUGUCCUUCCCUUCCAAGCACAACCUGUCCCCUUUGUCCCAGUUUGGAGCAGCUGACCCAACUCAGAAUCUCUCUCCUACAGGAUGAAGUGCCUUUUUGAACGUUAUUUUAAGCUGAGAGUUAAUUUUUCUACUACAUAACCUAUUUCCAGACAUCUUUUAGUCUUUUAUUGUCUUAGAUACUCUAAGAAGAUGAACAUGACAAUUUUCUAGAACCUGGUAGCAUGUGUGUGGUGGGGUGGUGGUGGUCAGGGAGGGGAGUGAGUCAUAAGAGCCAACCCUGCAACAGGUGCGACUGUGUUCCAUCAAUCUGUGGCAUGCUACAGGUUCAGGCUCCCUCUGACAGUGUUCUUGUGACUGUGUCAUUGUCCCCACUCAUUUCUGAUCCAGUCCCAAGCGUCUGCCAUUGUGUGGCUCAGUGCUUUAUUACAGUUUCUUUCUAUUACGAUUUCUGAUGAAGAGAACAUUUGUCUUGAGGUUGCAUUUCCCUUUUGAAAGCUAACCAUCCCAUCACUAUGGUUUCCUACAACUGCCACGUUUGUCCUUUGUCAUCGUUCUGUUGUUAUUGGUUUGGGUAGAACAGUUACAAGAAACCCUAAAACCCUUGGAUCUUUAAGUCUUUCCUUUCCAAAAGCUGGAUACCCGUGGAGCUAUUUGGGAAUUUUCUUUGCUGCUACCACGCUGCCACCAAAUGGAAUUGACCAGCGGCUGUUACACUGUUCUUUGCCACUGUGCCUAUAUGCUCAGAGUCCACUCACUGCUAAGCUGCAAACUCAGACAGGGUCAGAAAGAAACAGGUGCCCCGCCCUGUCGCACACUGCACCAACUGUCUCCCUUCUCUGCCCUGACCACCAGGAAUGCUGAAGGGUGCAAAGGCAAAAAAGGGUCAGAGCACCUACUCCGGUGCAGCGUUCAUUUUACACUGCGGUCAACAUCAGAUCCUGUGAUAAGCUCACUGUUCCCGCUUAAGAACCUGUGGCCUCCAUCCAGCUGCCAGGCUUCUGUGGCCCGAGUUCAUCUCUCAGUCUCCUUGGAAGCACCGCUUCUUUGAGUCAAGGGUUGGAGAAGCCUGUCUAGAUGUGAGACUCAGCGCUCCAAACCAGGGAGAAGGGCUCCUCCUUGGAGCCCAGAGGUCUCCUUGCAGCCUUUCCCAGUUCAGUGUUUAAACAGCGCCAUGUUACUCACUUGACAAGACAGUCUGGAAAGUACUGCUUUUCCAAAGAAUGAAGAAAAGAACCUUUUCAUGUUGGCACCAUUGCCUUAGUCCUCUGUGGGUUGGGCCUCAGCCAGAUCUCUGAUGGGCGUCACUGGCACUAACAAGACUGAACAUUGAAGGUCAAAGUAAAAAAAAAAAAAUUAUGCUUUUGCCCACAAAAUGAUGAAGCCAGCUGCCAGUCAUGUUCUCCCAACAGUGCUUUGGUCUGGGGACCACUGUGCAUUUCGAAGAGAAAUAUUUAGGAGUCACCAGGUCUCCUGACAUCCUGAGUGUUCCUAACCCAAUAAUCCCUGUGCCAAUUAAAAUAGAAACAGUCCCUUUGCUAACCAUUACCACAGAUGACCAUUACAUGGCAGAUCUGGACACACCAUAAACCUUCAUUUGGAAAACCAAUCAUUAAGCGACCCCACUGCCUUAAGUGUCUUGAAUGUUGUGGUAUCUGCCAUAUGUUGAUCUCCACUCAGAAUGAGGCCCAGAUGAGAGCCAUAGAUCUUUACCUGUGCCCCCUUCUGUGUUGGCAUCACAGGGCCUUAUUUGGAAGAGGAGUGAGAGUGGACUGAAAUUCCAGAAUAUUUCAGGGGAAUCUAGCCUAGGAAUUCACUUCACACAGGUUCAAGGCCAACCCUCCACCUCAUGGUUCUGGAACUGUAGGGGCCAGUGUACUCGUAGUCCAGAGCUUCUGGGCAGGGAGCCCCAUUCCUGCCUCCACAGACACAAAAUGUCUCAGGUGGGCAGCAGAGCCUCUGAGGGAUCUGCAAUCUGUGCACCUUAUUUGACCACAGUCCAAAAUGCCUAUUUUUUUUUUAUUUUAGCCCUGGAUUCUACUUUAUGUACAUAAUCAAAAUAUAUAUAUAUAUAUUUUUAAUCAUCUACAUGUAAAUGAAGCAAUAGAAUUCUAACAUAAGGCCAAGAAAAGAGACAAAUGUGUGGGGUUUAUUUUCUUAAGGUAAAUACGGGUAUUGUUUUUAAUCCUUACCUUUUAUUAAAUCAUGGGCUUUAAAACCUAAUAAAACUAUUAGCUACUCCUCUGUGCCAUAUCUUUCCCAAAUUACCAAAACACUCCAACUCUUUAGCCAAAAGAAACGUCUGGCCUCCCAAGUUUCCAUGGUCUCCAUACCAGAUUAAAACAGUCUCCUAGGCAAAUAUUUUUGACAUUAAGAUCUGGAACAGAGUUGCUUGGGUUUGUGGACUCCAGCCCACAUCUUUUGCCUGACCUCGAGUGGGGGGUGCCUGAGUGCCCCUGACUCCUGACAGUGUUAGUGCUCUGUCUUCCAUUUAUUCUAGAAUCCUCCAUGUUGAUCUGUGGGUUCAUGCACUACUUGUUUGUAAACAAUGCAUUUGUAUCCUUUAACACCACCUGUCACAGAUGGGGAUUCCUUUGACACGGUGUAAUUUUGAUGAGAUGAGUUUGGGGACAUGAGGAUACCCACAUGGCACUUGCUUGUCAUGGUUGCAGCAUGUGAACUUUGGGUAGAAAAAUGACGUUAGUAAGUGUGUAUAACUGGCAGCAUUUUACAACCCUGUAUUUUAAAGAUGGCUUUCUAAUAAAAAUCCAGAAACACAGCCCUGGUCAAACACUCGUGACGUUUGUGCCUCUGCUUUUAAAGGUGCUGUGCUGGACACUUGGCAUGCCAGGGUUUGAGAAAAGUAGAUGGCCUGAUGUACUCAUAGUUCCCUGUGCAAAAUCACUGGCUGCCUCUGUUCCUAUUUUACUGUAAAUCUGAUUGUAUUGUUCCUAAACCAUUCUCCCAGGAGCUGCUCUAAAGAUGGACACCUCCCCCACCCAGCAGUGGCAAUGUUGGUGUCUGGGUAGCCACGGUUCUGUGCUGGAAAUUUGAAUAUGAUGAUCCAGCGCUACUUGGGAAACACUAUGUGUGGAAUAUGUACAAUUCCAGGGGCAAGUAUUGUCAAUCAGUGUUUUCCUUCCUGCCAAAAAUAAACAGGUGAAUCUGC